CGAGGGGGAUGGCAGUAGUAGAGGAGGGCUCGCCCGAGCAAACGAGCGAUUGAGCUCGAUCAUGGAAUGGCGCGAGAGAGCCGCACUCGUCUGGUCGGGUUGCGACAAGACGGAGAUUCGGUCGCUGGAAAUGAGAUCUUCGAGUGCCACUCUUCUUGCAUGGAUGCUGAGCCUCGUGAGCGACUGCGCUCGUUACGGAGCGCAGAGUGGAUGCUCCUGGUGCCUACUCUAGGCCAGUCAUCACUGUCAUUAUCACCAUCUGCUGUGCGCAAGUGUGCCCUCCUUCUCUAGCAGCACCAGGAGGAAUGAAACCUGUCAAAUCUUUGUCAGGGCGGACUUGAUUGAUUCUAUCGAAGAUCGAAGAUGGAGAGCGUUCAUGCAUCGGAGCCGUCGGAAGGGCGUCCGUCUCCGCCGUCCGAGGACGAUGAGGAAUUGCCCACCGACGAGGAGUCGACCACGAAUCGGUCGAGGAUGGCUCACACGUCCACUUGCUCCAACCGGGAGCAGUUCAUCGCCGAGCAGGAAAUUCUGAUCGGCAAAUUGGAGAAUUUGCGCGAGAGCCUGGUGAAGCCGGUCAUUGGGUACGCUGUCGUGUUGAUGCUGCUGUCGCAGCAGACAUUUCGCAGCUACACGCAACCGCCCGCGGGAUUGGAUGAGCACGGGCGCAUGCAGACCGGGGUGCCGAUAAUGCUGUACUCAAUUUUCUCGUCCAUGUCGUUCUACACUUCUGUGUCAGCUCUGGUGUUGUGCGUCGGAUGCUUCGUGCCGAAAAGGCUCAGAGUUCUGUCGAAGCUCGGCAACAAUGCAUUGAGGGCGCACAGAACGAUGUCGCAGGAGAAAAUGACGGAAGUGACAGUGCUGCUCAUGAAGGUCGUGGGAGUGAACGCAAUGCUCGUCGUCUCGGUGUGCUUCUGCGUGGGUGCGCACGCAGCUGCAGGAUUCGCCGUGACUCCCUCGCAGUCGAUCAACCGAUUGACAGUUCUGAUCACCACCAUCGUGGGCGGCUGGAUGUUCUCGAGCUGCGCCCUGUCGCUGCUGCAAGACGCAUUGCAGUACGCGAGAUACGAUCGAGAGUCGCGCAUCGGCCAGAUUCUUCACAUUCUCGUCGCCAUGGUGUUCGCUCUUCUGUCGAGCUUACCAUUCACGGGGCUGUUCCUCUCGUACGCGGGCGGAUGCUGCCAGAGCUUCUUUCCGAACCUCGAGGAUCGCUUCUCCGACACGUUUCUGCGCCACAAGUUCGAGUUCUGGCGGGAGCUCGUCGAGGAGAUGACCGAAAAGCGACCAUGGUGCAGCAGCAGCAGCAGCAGCUCGCACCGCCGCGAGUCGGCCGUGUACCAGAAUCCCACUUUCCAUCCCUUCAUGCAGCAGCAAUCGUCCUACUCCGAGCGGGUCCCAUCUCUUCUGAAACCUGAGCUCAGCGGAUUGUAGUCGGUGUCAUCACUCCACUCUGAAGACUCGAGCUCUGUGGUCCGCCCUCCACUCGGCGUUGUUGGAGACCACGGACUGGCUGUGGGGGAUGAGCUCCUCCAUGACCCCCAUUGGAGUCGCCUCCGUCUUUCCCGUAAUGCUGCUCGCAGUGCAGUGCAGUGCAGUGCAAGCAGAACGAAGAUUCCGAGCUCAUAAACCUCGGCAGAGUAGAAGCGUUUCUUUCCUUCAGAGCUGGAAUUGCAGUAGUUGUAUAGUCAGUUAGAAAGCCUCUGUGAAGGAUAUGGUUCUGUGAAAAAACAUUUCCACCAUUGAGCAGAAACUGCUCUGUUGUCAAGCAGGCUGUGCUGUGGUGGCGAUCAGGCCCAACAAAGCUGCUAACUCGAUCGCAGUCCUACUGCUACAUUGAAGACAUUGGAGCAGUUUUCUCGUCAAAUCUUAUUAGAUGUUACUUCUUGCGAGAGUAGUUUAUGCUUGCAGAUUCUCUCUCUGCGACGUACUCACGAGCUGAGUGCACUACGCGACCCUGUGACCGGAUAAAUUGUUCCCAGGUAUGGGUUAUAGAUUGACCUCGAACGAAAUUGUGCCUUCUGGUGGGUACAUUUUCCAAAUCUUCCAGAUUCAAUUGUGAUUUCGC